AUGAGCAGUGACGCAUUUGGAGGCUUUAGAAGGCAGAGGAGUAUGAAGGAGAUCACGAAACGCUUGGGUACUGUCGGUUCUACUCGCCUUCCAGGAUGGGGACCGCGUGAUCCUCACUGUGCCUGGUUGGAGACACUACAAGAUAUGGCUGCCAACCGAUGUCAGUGGCGUUCUUGUUGUCAGUUUCUAUCCAGAUUGCCUGAGCUUUCAAAUAAGUCAUGGUUGUACGGCAGUGAGGCAUCGGUGUUGAACACUGAUGUCAUGCCGUCGAUGAUGGAGUUAGAUGGUAACUUCUCGGCCUUCAUUGAAUGCCAGUCGAUAGCUUCUCACGGAUUUUCAAAAUGUUCCGGAACAGCACAGACCAACUACACUGACUCUGCUGCGCAAACGUGUAACGGCUCAGCAAAGCUGAUCACUGAUUCACCAUGGCUGAUGCCAAAUCAACAAGCCUUACCGGACUGGGAUAGAAAUGAGCGACAGAUCGGUGGUGAUCCAGGGCAAGCCGGAGAAUAUGCUCUGGAUAAACGCGGUCAUAUUCGGGAACGAAUUUGGCCGGCACUCAGGUAUCUUCGUCUGGGCUCGUUCGAAUGGACGUGUUUAAGGGUGUUGGCUUUGCUCCAAUCAGUGCAUUUUGUUGUUUUUGAUUUGAAUGAAUUGCGGGCAAGAUGGCUCAGUGGUUAUAGUGCGAAUUUACUGACUGGAAGGUCUGUGGUUCGAACCCGGCUCCCGCAUCACUUCUUUCUAGGCUCAAGCAACCUGGCAGAGGCAGAACUCAACUGCCAUAUAAUGACUACGGCAGUGACCAGCGCAGCUGAGUUUGCUGGUAAUGGCCUUCACACUUCGCUGCCAAGUCAUUGUUUGACCGCCUCUGGCUCUCUUCCAUCCUUCAAGGAAAUCGGUCGACUGGCAUACGCAGCACGUGGCCAAGCCAGCGCAACCUAUGUAGUGUGA